AUGAAGUUCUCGCAUAGUAUUCAGUUUAAUGCGGUGCCGGACUGGAGUUCGUAUUAUCUUGCUUAUAGCAAUUUGAAGAAAUUGAUAUAUACUUUGGAAAAGCAAGCGCGCCGGUUGGAUAGGCAGGCUGCUGCCGACGUUGAAUCAGCCCCUUUGCUCGAUGACGAUACCGAUUCCUCAAGCGCGGAUGUGAUAUUCCGGAGAGCUCUUGAUGGCGAACUGGAAAAGAUAUGCUCCUUUUAUCAGAUCAAGGAGUCGGAGAUCCUCGGAGAAGUCGGUGAACUGGUCAAAGAUGUGGAGGAAUACGAGUUGGAGACUGAAGGCGUCAACAUCGACCCUAUGACCGAGAGCAUUAUCAAGACUCGCACGAUGAGUUCCGGUUCAAGACCGCGCACUGGGAGCAUGUUCCGCAAUUUCCCCCUCAGUCAGGAUCGACGGCGUAGCGGAAUCAGUGAAUCGGCUGGGGAGGAUGAAGACCCGGAUAGUGAUGAUGACCACGCUGCGUCAAGACCUCGCGGAUCCCGAUCGCAUGAUCCUGGGGAUAUGGGCGAUUCGGCUCUCUUGGCCGAUUCCGUUCUUACGGGUGCCCCGUCUAGCAGUCGUGCUGGGCCUCGAGAUGAUCAUUUCGGAGACCCGAAGCUGUUGGAUCUGUACAAUGCCGGGCUGUCUUUGAAGAAACGGAGUAUUGAGCUUUAUGUCUCCAUGUGUGGGCUCAAGUCGUAUAUCCAGCUGAACAAGACUGGUUUCUCCAAGGCCUUGAAGAAAUACGACAAGACCCUUGAGCACAGCCUCCGACGGGGAUACAUCAACACAACUGUAUCUCCCGCAUAUCCUUUCACUGACUCUACAAUGAAGCGCGUGGAAGAGGGCAUUGGGAAGAUCGAGAAGAUCUACUCGGAAAUCGUCACGUCAGGGGAUAUGGAACUGGCUAAACGAGAGCUUCGGUUACACUUGAGGGAGCAAGUCGUCUGGGAGAGAAACACCGUCUGGAGAGAAAUGAUUGGCAUUGAAAGGAAAGCCCAGGCAGCCAAUGUCGGCAUUCGCAGAACUCUGCUAGGAGGAGACCAGGAUCCUGUAACCGUCCAACGACAGGGUGAUGAGCAGAAAAUCCGAAUCACGGAAGUCAAGACUCCUCUCGGUCGAUUCAGUGUUCCCGAGUGGCUCUGCAGCGUGAACUUUGGCAUGCUCAUUUUAGUCUUGAUCGUAUUUAUCUUUUUGCUCUCUUUUCCAAUCAUGGACAAGCCGGAGCAGCAAAAUUGUCUGGCCAUGUUGGUUUUUGUCAGUCUUUUAUGGGCGACGGAGGUCAUUCCUCUCUUCGUCACAUCUCUUCUCAUUCCUUUCUUGGUCGUUUUGCUUCGUAUCAUAAGAUCCGACGAAAAGCCUUACGAACGUCUGGGUCCCAAAGAAGCUACAUCUGAGGCCUUUUCGUCCAUGUGGACUCCUGUCAUUAUGCUCUUACUCGGAGGCUUCACCAUUGCGGCUGCCCUAUCGAAAUACGACAUUGCUCGUCGAAUGGCCAUGUUCGUCUUGAGCAAAGCUGGCUCAAAGCCUCAUGUGGUGCUGCUCACGAACAUGUUCGUUAGCAUGUUCUUGAGUAUGUGGAUUAGCAAUGUGGCUUCGCCAGUUCUCUGCUACUCGAUUAUCCAGCCUCUGCUACGAAACCUUUCGCCUGAUUCCAACUUUGCCAAAGCGCUGGUUUUGGGAAUAGCUCUUGCUGCGAACGUGGGUGGUGCUGCCUCGCCAAUUGCGUCCCCGCAGAAUAUUGUUGCCGUCCAGAACAUGUUCCCUAGUAUCAGCUGGGGAACAUGGUUCUUUAUUUCAAUCCCUGUCUGUCUCAUAUCGAUUCUCCUCAUAUGGGGUCUGUUGCUGGUCACCUUCCACCCGGGCCGAGACACCACCCUCGUUCCGAUUAGGCCUGUGAAGGACAAGUUCACUGGGGUUCAAUAUUUCAUCACUGUUGUCACAAUAAGCACCAUUGGCUUGUGGUGUGCCAGUCACCAGGUCGAGCAUAUUUUUGGUGAUAUGGGUGUGAUCGCCAUCAUUCCAAUGGUUCUUUUCUUCGGUACUGGUAUUCUCAACAAGGAAGACUUUAACAAUUUCCUAUGGACUAUCAUCAUUCUGGCGGCUGGUGGUCUCUGCCUGGGACAUGCCGUCACCUCCUCUGGUCUUCUCCACACUAUCGCCAAUGGAAUCACAGAAAGAGUUCAACACCUUAGUCUCUACGGGGUGUUGAUCGUCUUUUCCUCGUUGAUUCUCGUCAUGGCCACUUUUAUCUCUCACACUGUCGCGGCACUGAUUUUCCUUCCUCUUGUCCGACAAAUCGGUGUGAGCAUGCCGGAUCCGCAUCCCAACUUGCUUGUCAUGGCAAGUGCCUUGAUGUGUUCUAUUGCCAUGGGUCUGCCAACCAGUGGAUUCCCCAACAUGACUGCCAUCAUGACCGAAGUUCCAGAAACCGGUCAACGAUACCUCACAGUCCGCCACUUCCUCACAAGAGGUAUACCAUCUAGUAUAAUUUCUUACGUUGUGAUUAUCAGUGUUGGAUAUGGAUUGAUGUAUGUUGCUGGGUUGUGA